GUCCCAGUCAUUAUGUGGGAAGAUUUGCUGGGUUUUUUCUCUAUGUUUCAAAUACAACAUCAAAAUCAGAUGGUCAUCUGUGUUUUCAUGAGAUUCAGACCGUUAACACUACACCUGUAGAGGACCAGAGGAUCAACUGUUCUGUUCAUGGCCGUUAUGUCAUCUACUAUAACGAGCGUUCUACGGGUGUAACUUAUCCAAAUUACUACUCCGAAUAUGCCUUCAACGAAUUAUGUGAAGUUGAAGUCUACGGGUGCCCUGUUAUUGGUAAAUAUGGAGAGGAUUGUAAUCGGACCUGUUCAGUAAAUUGUCAAGAACAGCAAUGUGAGGUCGAUACUGGUUACUGUUUGAAAGGAUGUUCACCAGGAUAUAAAGGUCAACUCUGUACUUAUGAAUGUGACGGAGGAAUGUACGGUAUUAACUGUACUCAGUCCUGUGGUCACUGCUUAAACAAUGAACAGUGUCAUCAUAUCAACGGUACUUGUUUACAGGGUUGUUCUCCUGGAUACAAGGAACCCCUCUGUAAGACAGAAUGUGAUGGUGGGAUGUAUGGUCUAAACUGCAGUCAAGUGUGUGGUCACUGUCUUAAUUAUGAACAAUGCCAUCAUAUCAACGGUACUUGUUUACAGGGAUGUUCUAAAGGAUACAAAGGAUCUCUCUGCAAUUCUAGUAUAGUAUUACCAUUAUUGCUUUUUCCUCAAACACAGUAA